UGUGGCGAGGCGUUGGGAGGGCCUAGGUUGGUGUGCGGUGCCCUUCGACCGGGUUGAGCCCGGGAGUCAGCCGUGCUUGGUUGCUCGGUGUCCCCAGGCCACUCCGGAGACUCACGAACUAGUGCAGAGACCAAUAGAAAACUGCCGCUAGAGCAGAAGCGGCCUGGCCCUGCUGGACCCCACCCGCUCCCCGAGUCUGAAUGAUGACUGCUGAGUCAAGGGAAGCCACGGGUCUGUCCCCACAGGCUGCACAGGAGAAGGACGGGAUCGUUAUUGUGAAGGUGGAAGAAGAAGAUGAGGAAGACCACAUGUGGGGGCAGGACUCCAGCCUGCAGGAGACGCCCCCACACGACCCAGAGGUAUUCCGCCAGCGGUUCAGGCACUUCUGUUACCAGAACACUUUUGGGCCUCGAGAAGCGCUGAAUCAACUGAAGGAACUUUGUCAUCAAUGGCUUCGACCUGAAGUCAACACCAAGGAGCAAAUCUUGGAGCUGUUGGUGCUGGAGCAGUUCCUGUCCAUCCUGCCCAAAGAGCUGCAAGUCUGGCUGCAGGAGUACCGGCCCGACAGUGGAGAGGAAGCCGUUACUCUUCUGGAAGACUUGGAGCUUGAUAUUUCGGGACAGCAGGUCCCGGGUCAAGUUCAUGGGCCUGAGAUGCUUGCCAGGGGAAUGGUGCCUCUGGAUCCGGUUCAGGAGUCCUCAAGCUUUGGCCGUCACGAAGCUACCCACCCUCAUUUCAAGCAUUCAUCUCGGAAGCCUCGCCUCCUGCCGUCCCGAGCUCUCCCUGCCACCCACGUUCCUGCCCCUCAUCAUGAGGGGAAUCCUAGAGACCAGGCGAUGGCAUCUGCACUAUUGACCGCAGAUUCCCAGGCAAUGGUGAAGAUCGAGGACAUGGCCGUGUCCCUCAUCCUGGAGGAAUGGGGAUGUCAGAACCUGGCUCGGAGGAAUCUCAAUAGGGACAGCAGGCAGGAGAAUUUGGGGAAUGUGUUUUCCCAGGGUUCUGAAAAGAGGAAUGGGAAUGAGUCAACCUCAAAGGCUGAAGUCAAAGAAGAUUCCACCUCACAUGGGGAGACAACAGGAAGAUUUCAGAAAGAAUUUGGAGAGAAACGUGAACAGCAGGGCAGAGUAGUCGAAAGGCAGCAGAGAAACCCUGAAGAAAAAACUGGCAAAGAGAAGAAAGAGCCUGGGCCACCUACAGCCAAGGAAAAGAAGCCCUCUGCAGGAGAGAGGGGCCCAAGGGAGAAGGGCAAAGGACUGGGAAGAAGCUUCAGUCUAAGUGCAAACUUUAAUAAUACCCCCGAAGAGCUUCCGUCGGGGGCAAAGACUCAUAGGUGUGAUGAGUGUGGGAAAUGCUUCACAAGAAGCUCCAGCCUUAUCCGCCAUAAAAUCAUCCACACUGGAGAGAAGCCCUACGAAUGUAACGAGUGUGGCAAAGCCUUCAGUCUCAAUUCAAACCUUGUCCUACAUCAGCGAAUCCACACAGGAGAGAAACCUCAUGAAUGUAACGAGUGUGGCAAAGCCUUCAGUCAUAGCUCAAAUCUUAUCCUGCACCAGCGCAUCCACUCUGGAGAGAAACCCUACGAAUGUAACGAGUGUGGCAAAGCCUUCAGCCAGAGCUCAGACCUCACGAAGCACCAGAGAAUCCACACAGGAGAGAAGCCCUAUGAAUGUAGUGAAUGUGGAAAAGCUUUCAACCGAAACUCAUACCUUAUUUUGCACCGGAGAAUUCACACUCGAGAAAAGCCCUAUAAGUGCACUAAGUGUGGCAAGGCCUUCACCCGGAGCUCAACCCUCACACUGCACCAUAGAAUCCAUGCCAGAGAGAGAGCCUCAGAAUACAGCCCAGCCUCUCUGGAUGCUUUUGGAGCAUUCCUGAAAAGCUGUGUGUAAAGCAAUAGUGUAUCAUCAAACCAUUUCCCCCCUUUUGUUUCUAAAAUUAUGUCAGAUAUAUGUACCCAUCAAGGGAAAAGUAAUAACACCAUCUAAUUGUUUGAGAAGUUACACUUAAGGAUCCUUAAGAGUUACGUCGACAGUGUUCUGCCUUUAGGUAGUCUGUAGGCAUGUAAUUCUUACAGUCCUUGCAAGGGAGAGCUAGUCAUAUAUAUAUUCUUCAGUAUAUCUCCACGCAAGAUAAAAGCACACACAGUAAAAUGCCAAGCUUUCCAGUAAUGGGUAUACAAAUCAAGACCGGCUCUGUGUAUAUUCAUCUGAAGUUAAGAAGCCACUUGCUGCCAAUAAACCCUACUUGGACAACCUAUAUUUCUCAAUGAAGAGAAACAGUUAAUACAAAAACUACAUUGGGACAUGCUGCUCAAGCAAGUUAUAUAUCCAGAAAGUUGUAUAUCUGAUCACUGGUAGCCUUCCAAAGCUAUAGAAAUCUAGGACUGUGCUGAUCAGAAUCAAACCAAAGAUUCCUGUCUCUCUGAAAGAGAGGGUAUAUGCACCACUUUGUAGUUCUAAGGACUGUAAAAGAUACGGGUGGUUCUGCCAUCAUCAGCGUGGUCA